UAAACGAGCAUGUUUGGGUUUGAAAACUGUCGUUUUUGGAGGGAGGAGAUUGUAGGACGCACCAGCCUUUUGAAAAGGAGGAAGUGACUCAUGUGAGAAGAGGGGUUCUCCUAGUGGUGGAGUCGCUCUAUCCGGGAUCGUUGGUAUUUCAAACAUGACGAUGGCGGACUGAACUGCGUCAGAGAACCGCUGCCCGACAGUGCCAAAUUCCGGAAGCAGAGUUUUUUUCCUGAACCCCCCAAGCACCGCGGAGACAUGAGGCCAGUUUUGGUGGCGAUCGCGAUGAUCGUUCUGUUGGCGGUCUCUUGUGUACACAGCCGGGACGUCAGCCUCGACGAAGAAGAACAAUGUACAGACGAAUGUCGUCAGGAGAAGGACCGGUUAGGUCUGGAGGCGCUCCACACCCUGCACAGGAUGCUGGAUGAUGACCACAACGGGAACGUAGACCUGUCGGAAAGCGAUGAGUUCUUACGCGACGAGCUUCACUACCAGGAUGGGUCGGAGCGGCAGAGCACAUUCCAUCGCAGCGGGGAGGACAAGUUCAUCAGUGUGGAUGACCUGUGGACGGCCUGGAAACACUCCGAAGUCUACAACUGGACAGUGGAACACACUGUGGCAUGGUUGGUGAACGCUGUGGAGCUGCCCCAGUAUGCUGCUACGUUUGAGACAAAUGCUGUGGAUGGCUCGGCCCUUCCAAGACUGGCCUUGGACCUGGUUCCAAUGAGAUUGGCCGUCAACAAUCCCCACUUCCUGACGACGAUCCUGGGAAUCACCAACCCUGUGCAUCGACAGAAGAUCGCUCUCAAAGCCAUGGACGUCGUCCUCUUUGGACCAGCAAAACAAGGCCACAGUUACAUCAAGGACACAGCUCUGGUGCUAUCCCUGGUGAUUGCGAUAGGGGGCUGCUGGUUCGCCUUCGUGCAGCAUCGUUUCUCCCAGGGGCACAUCAAGAAGAUGAUGAGGGAGAUGGAGAGUCUGCAGAAGGCUGAGGAGACUCUAGGGGAGAUGCAGGCUAGGUUACAGCAGGCAGAGGAGGAGCAGCAGACUGUGGUGGAAGAGAAAAUGAACCUGGAGGCCAAAAUGAGGGAAGAAAUGACCAAUGCCAAACAAGAGGCCGAGAGACUCAAGAUGGUGCGGGAGAACACAGAGACAGAAAUCAACAGGCUCAGAAUAGCAGAGGAAGAGCUGUACCAAGUUCGACAAGCCCUACGUAAGGCUGAGAAGGAGCUUGAGAGGAGGAGCUGGCAUCCCCCCACCUCACUCCAACAGUGGCUACAGCUCACCUACGAGCUGGAGCUGAAAAACUACAGCAACAAGAGGCUGGCGGCGGAGACACAGUUUGCAGAGGCUAAGGAAUCGUGUGAGAAGAUCAGGAAAAAGAGAAUCACUGUGAUGGGUGCCCUGAAGAUAGCACACACCAGCUCACUAGAUGAGGUGGACAAGAGAAUAGCAAAAGCCAGGUCAGCCCUGCAGGAAGUGACCUCUGACCUGAAGGAGCGGUUGGUGAGAUGGAGGAAGAUCGAGAAGUUAUGUGGCUUCAACAUCAUCACCAACCCUGGGCUGACGGCGCUGUCACAGGUCCUCACAGAAGGCUCUGUCCCUGGGAGCCCAGGUUUUGCAGGCAGUGUGCAGGGUGUGGAGGACGACUCUUUGGAUGAGGACCAGCCUCCCACAUAUUCAACAGGGUCAUCUGGUGCCAUGAGUUCGUCCCAUAGCACUGCGUCGUUGUCCACCCUGGGAGAGGCCAUGAUGCGUCCGGGGGGUGGCGCUGAACCCCUGGCACCAACCUUCUCAAUAGGCGAGAGUGACUUGUGUUUGGAUUCCUACAUUCAGCUGAUGACAUCACAAAUGUAUGGCAGUAGUGAGACAGUAGUCCGCAGAACGUUGGAUAGAGCACAGAGCGAGCAAGCCUCCCCACAAAGGCCCCCCAUGGUCAAACAAGUCACCAGCCAGAGUCUGCCCGGAACUCUUGUGUCCCAGAGUUCCAUCCAGUCCAUCCAAGACGACCUUGCGCGAUCGCGUACGAACGGAACGGACUCGAACCUUUCCAAUUACGAACCAAACUUCACCGACAGCUCCUCUGCCGAGACGCUUGAGGAAGACGGUGCAGGGUCACAAGCAAACCUCUCGGACAACGCAUCGACGAAGACAGCCAUCCAGCGGCCAGCAAUGCUACAGCCGAUGUUGUCAACCACGUCCCAAAGUUCACUGGACUCCCCAAAGGACACAAAAAAGGGGAAGAAGACUUGGUUCAGGAAAGCCGACAGGGGGUCAACUUCAGGACCUGCAAGUCCGACAUUUGAGGACAGUACAGAUGAACUGAUAGAAAAAGAAGCCACAGAGGAUAAGAAGAAGAAGAAGGGGAAGUUCUCAGCUUUGAUCUCAAAAGCCAAGACAGCAUAAGAAGGAAAGUUACAAAUAGAUGACAAAGGGAGAUAUCUCCAGAUACUUGAUGAAACAAUGGUGCCAAUUUUUGGCCCGGAAACUGUCAGUAGUCCUUGGGCUACGUUCUUCUAAAGAAACGAGGCUAUUUCAGGAGUAGAAAGCAACUUACAUUAUGUUUAUGUGUGUAUUACUGUGUAAUAUUUCCUUACAGAAGAUUUAUAUUUUAGAUGGUUGAUUUCUAGAAACAAUAUCUAGUAAUCACUGAAAAUAACAAAUGAGUUUUACCCUUUGACUAGUCUGUAGUUCACUCUAGGAAGACCACCAGCAUACUUGUGUAGGUUUCAUUGCUUGAAGAUUCUGUCACAAAUGUUGAUGUCUGAAAUAACAAAGUUGUAACAUACCACAAUUGGUCAGUAUACAUGUGUAGUUGAUAUAGAUAUCUAUUACUCUUGAGGAAGGUCUGUAGGAUUUUGGAUUCUCUUCUGAAAUGAUCCUUUCAUUGACCUUAUGAAGGGUUAUCUGGGUGGUGCUUAAGGUGCGGUCACAAUAAUGAUCGUAUAGUUGUAGGAUUUUCAAUCAGACCAGAACACAAUUAACCAUUAACAAAACUAUGACAACUUUUACUGUCAGAAGACUGCUGGAUUUUGUAAGACAAAUCCACAACUGUCUCAAGAAGCUGUUGUAAUAACUCUUAAGACUUACGACAAAUGUGACUGCACCCUUCCUUAAAAUACAGGGUGAGGGACCAUGUCUUUCAUAACACAAAACUUUGUAUGUUGUUGUCUUUUCAAGAGAUGUACUUGCUCUAUGUGGUAUGUUUUAUACUGAAGACCGAUGCUGCAUAUACAGUAGUUCUAAUACCCUUUACUGUCCACUGUGUGCAAUGUGUGUGUUGUCUUGACACUGGUGUCAUUCUUUUAAGCACCUUGCCAUGUGGGGUUUGAUACGGUAAAGAGAAUCCAUUUUGCUGGGUUGGAGAAUAACUGUUGUCCCAUAUUUCCUGAGGAGACAAGGAGCCUGCCAGUGCCUUGUCUUUCCAUGUUUUGGAUGAAAAAAUUUGUAAGUGGUUGGGUGGAGUAAAGCCAAAGCUAGACUUAGUCAAAGUUAUCCAGCUAAGAAAGAAAAUGGUAAGGAUCUUUGCUGUCCUUGUGGAAAAGUCAAGUCACAGCCCUCUUUUUAUUUCCUAAGUAAAAACUGUUAUAGAGGACAUGUCUGAAGGUUAGGGUUUUUUUAAACACCAUGAACAGGUUUUUGACUUGUUUUCUUGUUACAGUAGUAAAAAAGGUCAACUUAUUACUGCCCAAGCCAUGUACUAUGAUGUAGGUUGAAGGUGUGUGUGUGUAAUGACAGCUCAAGAUUUAUGUAUAUAUAUUACCAAGGACAGAAUGUGUGUAAUAUGUAGUGCACAUACAUAGUACUGUACUUUCAUUGAGAGCUUGUGAUUAUGUUUUAGUUUUCAUUUCAAUAUCCAUUUCCUUGUUGGCAAUAUUUCUACCAGAUUUUAAAGAUUGUCUGUCAAGCAAUACUCUCACCUAUGAAACCCACUUCAAAGCUAUUCUGGACUUUUCAUAAUGUGAAAGUGGAGGAUUAUUUUCUAAAGAUAAUUUGUCUUGCCACUGUUGCAUUUAGCCUGGGUACCAUCUUCUGUAAUCAUUGCUGGCUCAAUCCUUCCCCUUGCUAACCAAGUCCUCAUCUUUAGGGUGAUAUGUCAAACAGUAACAUUUUGUUACUUGAUUAAAAAUAUGCUGUUGUUGUGUAGGUUGUGGAAAAGAGCUUUUAUAGCAAUGGUUGUAUUGUUCUGUGUAAUUCUGAAUUUGAAAAGACACAUUCAUUCAAAGAAAGAAAACACAAAGCUGCAUACAUGUAUUUUGCAUGCAAAUGUAAAUGGCAGUGCUCUCUGCACACAUUACAUGAAGUUUUUAGUCAUGCUUACAUGAACAUGUAUGUUGGAAACAAAAUAGUAAUGUUUAAGGCUACCCUAUUCAACAGUUCCUCCUUUAGUUAUUCAUAAUGACACUGGAAACUGUCUAUAUACUUCCAAGGACUUUAAUAUAAUGUCCUUAUUACUACAAUACUGUAUACUCUUUGCUACCUUAAUGCCAGUUCACCUUUAUCCAUAUCAUAACCUGUAUUCGCUGUAAAGAUUCCCUACUAUUUAGGGAUAUCAGUUUGACAGACGGUGGUUUCAAGCAGCAGUAUCUUAAAACUAUUGCAAUUUGACACCACUGCCUGUCGACUUGAUACCCCGAGAUACCAUAGACAACGGACAUAAGUUACUUUGUGGAUAAAGGUGAACUAGUGUUACAAGAAAUGUAGGAUUAUGUUCAGGAAGUGUCUUUUUGUCACUUGCUUGUUGGUAAGCAAGGAAAGGUUUUAAGACAAAAAUGCGUCCGCAUUUUGUGUAAUGUAACAAAAUUUGCCUGGUAAUUCACUCAAAGUUAAAUGUUCAAAGCCACAAUGCUUGCUGUGUUAUGAAAACUUUCAUCAUGCAUAAUUAAGCAGUGAACAUCAAAGUCAUAGAAAGAACAGCAUUAGAAGGUGCUGCCUUGGGUAAAAUGCAAUGAUAAAUAAAGUACAAGCAAUAGUUAACUUAGCCAAAACUGCUGCUUUUACAAGGAUUGACUUGUUGAUAACUCGUAUGGGGGCAAUACACAUUACAAACUAGUUACAGCUAGAAAUGCACCGUAUACACAAGUUUUCACAAAAUAGCAAUCCUCUGACUAAUGUUAUCUGUUCUACUAUGCAUUACCAGUCCAAUAAUUUGGCAGUAUAAACAAUUCUUCUGAAUAGCAAUACUAUGUUGCAUGAAUUACCUUGAUGAAUAGGUCAUAGUGAUUUAUUGAAAAAUGGGGAGAAAGAUGUUCAGUUUGCUUGCUAUUACCAUUUAAGACAUACAGUGUAGCAAUACGGACCAACUAAACUAUGUCAAUAACAGACUUUACAUACAAUGCAGACUGGAUGAGAUAUUUUUAUCUGUACUUAAUUGUGUAUAAAAGAGCUGCUUUCACCCCAGUUAUGCAUAAGUUAAGUCAUAGCAUAAGGGAAAUGACAGACUCCAAUAAAUGCACCCCCUCCGCAAAACUCUCGUUUUUACUUAUCACACAUAGUCACAAGUAGAUGAAGAGAAAUACUGCCCAUAUUGGCGCAUUGCUACCUUGUUCUUAUCGAUAUGAUUAUACAGACAUGUACACCCAAUGUUCUUGCAAAUUUCAUUUACAAAAGAAAAUAAUAUAUUGAGAAAGUUACAUGUAGUUGUACAGACAAAAGUUGGUAAUUGAAUAAAACUCCCAUGUUUCACUUGUA